UAUUACCACAUUGAAAAAUUUAUUGCACUUUUGCGUAUUACUUUUAUGUAUUACCUUUAUGUAUUACCUUUACGUAUUACCGCAUCGAAAAAUUUGGUUGCACUUUUGGGUACUACCGAUUCGAAAAUUUGUUGGAUCAUACUUGCAUAUUACUGGAUUAAAAAAUUGGAUCUUACUACCGAAUCGAAAAAUUUCACACUUUGGCAUAUUACUAAAUCAAAAAAUCAAAUUGCACUUUUGUGUACUACCAAAUCAAAAAAUUUGUUUGCACUUUUGGAUACUACUGCUUGA